GUUCAUUCCGCUGUUUGUAGAAGUGAACUAUAAAGCGUUCUCAACGGACACAUUUGUGGCUCCAUGGGCCAACUUUGCGGGCCUGGAGUGCUUUGUGAUUUGGACAAGGUCACCGGAGACCGUCAGUUAGGGGAUGAGGCCACGCGGAAGGUGGACCAAUUGGCACUUGAGCUUCGUAUCCUGAAGGACGAGAAUUAUCGUAUACGCGAGGAGCAGUUGCGCUUGGAGAAGGAACUGAAACAGGCCAGACCCGCCGACCGAGAGGCACAGGGUCGUGGAAGAAGCAAUCAGGAUCGAAGAUCAGGUGACUUGGACAUCAGGACCCCUAGUCACGAAGACCAGCAGCUCUUGUACAUGAAGGAAGUGAUUCGAAGCUUGCAGGCUGAAAACUCCCGUUUGAAGAAAGGUGAAAAAGUUUCGGUCAAUGCUUCUUCUGGUGUCACUGAGGAGGAAUAUCGACGUCUUGAAGGGCAACUUCGGAUGCUUCAGCGGCAGCAUGGUCGUAUGCAGGCAGGCUCUACAGGAGUUUCCACAGCUGUCUCCGGAGUCUCGACUCCGCUUUCGUCCUUUGGAGAGGACACACGAGUGAGAGCAUUGGCCAGCCGCUAUGAGGCGCUUCACCGUGAACAAGAAGAGUUGCGAAACAAGGUGCGUCGAUUGGCCCGGGGCUAGUGUGUUUCAAGGUUUCUCAGAGUGUCCCGAUUCGCACAGUGUUCCAAGUGUUCCGUGCCGAUGACUGUACUAUUGUCUCACCCCUCGCCAAAGCGCGGGACUCGGGACAUUUUUUGAGAACCAAGAUUUCGUUUUGAGA